GCUUAGUGCAGAGAGAGCUCAUAUCCCAACGCACCCCAGUUUUGGGUCCCCCUCUUUCCUAAGCCAGCUGGUCUGGCUUAAUGUUAUCUCUUUCUUUCUUUUUAAUUUAUUUUUUAAAAGAUCAUUUUCUUGUUUGAUACAAGGGAUUGACUGAACAGACCCACAGCUGGAGCUGCUGGGGAACCUUCCAGGUGAAGACAGAACAAAAAGCACUGGUGCUCGCUGAGCAGAGGAGAAGUCUCGUUGAUGGAGUGAACCGCAGGACGGAGAGACACCGGAGAAAGUCACGGAAGACAUGCGGGACUGAGAGGUGCCAGCCAGCAGUUUGGGAUUGAUAGUGAGAAACCUUGAGGACCUGGGAGACAAACAACGAAGCCAGAGGAGGAGACGUUUCUGAAAAAGAGGAAAAGCAACAGGAAAAAUAACGAAGAUGGGGAGGAAAAAGAUUCAGAUAGCCCGGAUAAUGGAUGAACGGAACCGACAUGUCACGUUCACCAAGCGCAAGUUUGGUCUGAUGAAGAAAGCGUACGAGCUAAGCGUAUUGUGCGACUGUGAGAUUGCACUCAUCAUAUUCAACAGCACCAACAAGUUGUUUCAGUACGCCAGCACCGACAUGGACAAAGUUCUGCUCAAAUACACCGAAUACAACGAGCCCCACGAGAGCAGGACCAACUCAGAUAUUGUGGAUACACUGCGUAAAAAGGGUUUAAAUGGCUGCGACAGCCCUGACAUCGAGGCAGAUGACUCUGCUGGUCAGAGCCCAGAGUCGGACGACAAAUACCGCAAAAUCAACGAUGACAUCGACCUAAUGAUUAACAGACAGAGAAUCUGUCAGGGUCUGCCUCCCUCCAACUAUGACAUGGGAGUGUCCAUCCCAGGCAGUAAUGCCAGCGGACUGCUGUACUCCCACCCAGGCAUAGGAGGUGGUCUAGGUAACCACAAUCUGCUGCCCAUCUCACACACACACCCCUCCCUACAGAGAAACAGCAUGUCCCCUCAGCGGCCCUCUAGCACUGGAAAUGAAGGACUGAUGAGCUCAGAGCUGACGAGCACUGUGGUCUCCAGUGUGGGAAAUGGCAGCUACACCAACCACUGCACCUCCCCGGGGCUGCUGUCUGCAGGAGGAGUCUCCAAAAACAUGCAGGAUAAGAGCCCUCCUUCGAUGAGCAUGAGCCGUAAGCCUGACCUCCGAACGCUGAUGCCACCCUCCAACAAGUGCAACAACAUGCCAACAGUUAACCAGAGAAUAAAUCACUCUCAGACCGCUCAGACUCUGUCGACACCUGCAGUGUCCAUCUCUGCUCCGACUCUACCUGGACAGGGGAUGGGUGGAUAUCCGUCAACACUCAGCUCUUCUUAUGGCACAGAGUUCUCCCUCGGAGCUGACCUGUCCUCUCUGUCUGGAUUUUGUGGUUCUGGUCUUGGAUCAGUGACUAGCUGGCAGCAUCAGCAAAUACAGAAUCUGCAGCAUCCAGCACUCGGACACAUGGGAAACUUGUGUCAGAACUCAAACCUAAACCUCACCUCCGGUCAUCAGAACCUACACAUCAAGUCUGAGCCCGCUUCCCCUCCCAGAGACCGGAGCAUCACCAUGGUCGGCACAGGACUCGGAGGAGGCAUGACUACGGCUGGAUACUCUACCUGUGGCAGGGGUCCCAACGAAUCGGGCCGCUCCCCCGGUGAUAGCGCAUCCAGCUGCGGGAGCUCGUAUGAAGGCAGCGAGGAGCGUGAGGAUUAUCACGGCAACGACGGCUUCCUACUCCGCCCUCUGUCGAGUCAGGAGGAGCGUCACAGCCCCUCAGUCAAACGGAUGAGGCUAUCAGAGGGCUGGGCGACAUGAUGGGGGCCGGUCUACAAGCAGAGGGGAAGGGGUGUUAGUAAAGUUACCUUAUAGUGUUAUUAUUAUUAUUAUAAUCAAAUUGUUAUUGUACCGAGUGGGUGUGCUAUAUGUGUAAUGGUAACAUGUACGUGGGGGGAGCACAGUCAGACAGUGAUACAGUGAUGCUCUGCUGUAUUUACAACAUGUUCUGUAGCCAGACUUGUACACUGGAGCGAUGACUCCUGGAAGAUUAGAACUGGUGAACAGAACUUGUAAGAAAUGGGUUUUUAAACAUUGAAAGCUGUGUCAAAAACAUCUCAGCAAAAAGAAGGAUUCAAUGGUUUUGACACUCAACUGUUCUCAGUAGAGGUAAAGGAAUAAGAGAUACCAACACGAUAAUAAAAAGUAAAAAUCCUCCAUUUCGUGUAGGUGAUAGAUUCAGCAGAUAAAUAUGAACCUUAAUGUGAUUCUAACAAACCUUAAUCGUAAUACUUACAUAAUGUAAUACUACUCUAUGAAAUUCAAGAAUAAUGAAAGGAAUUAUGAUUCAACAAUAGAAUAUUGUUUUAUUAAAAUGUAUACAGAGCAUUGAAUUUUAUUCCAAAUUACUCGACUUAUUAUUAAACCACUUAAAGCCACGUUUUGUUCUUAUGUGAUUAACGUGAUGCUUAUUAUGCAGGGCGUGUUAAUGAGUAAUGGGUAUAAAUAAACUGAAAGUGGGUCAUUUCACCUGAGAUGUUUUUGACAUAGUGAGUGUGACUGUUCUCAAGACUAUUUCUUACAUGUCAUUUAACACCAACAUGUACAGAAGUGGCUGGAAGGGCUGAUGGUAUACAUGCAACGUUGGCUUUGUGUGUGUUCGGGGGGGUUAAGUAAAUAGCAAGUAUGUUUAAUGCACAUUCACAGAUGUGCACAUGUAUGCAAACUAACAAAGGUAAAGUGAAUAAGUCUGGUACUCUGAACGGUGAAGCUACUUAAUGAGAUGUGGAUCAUUGGAGCCAUGAGAGCAAGGCGUGCUGAGUUGAAGCGCUUAGCGUCACCACUACAUACAUGGCGUGUUGCAGGUUCAACAUAUGUGCACACACAGAAACAUAAAGGCAAAUUUAGAAUGUAGAAAGCAUGGAAGGUAAAGUCUGGCAAAUAAAAGAGGUAGAACGAGAGAGCUUGAGUAAGUACAGUAGAAGAGAGGUGGAGAAAUGUAGAGGUGGAAGAGAAAAGGUGACUGAGGAAGAAAAGAAGAAACUUAUUUGCAACAGGUUGCAUAGAAAAGAAGCUUUGGACAAGUUUCAAAUUGAUGUGAAGACACUAAUCAGAGUUAGUAACUUAUUUUCAGAGCCCUGUUAGAAAAAAAUAAAGAUUUUCUUUUUUAUUAUUUUGGUGGAUGCAAUUGCUAAGGUAUGGAAUCAAAAGUCAUUUAAGUUGUUUUUACUUAACUAAGGAACUGAAAAGUAACCACUACUUAAUACUUAGUUUUUCAUGUUAAAAAUGUAUGUACUUGCACAUAUCUGGCUAUUAUAAAUUAUGUGAUACAACCAUAGAAGCUCAUGCUGUGAAGGGGAAAUAGGAAGAUAAAGGUUUAAACAAAGACAUUUCAUACUAAGUGAAUACAUCAAUGAAUAAUGAGGGAUGUAGAUCUUCCAAACAAAGUGGUGAGGAUGGAAAAAUACCAAUAAAUUAAUGUUUAAGAUGUUUGUUUUUAAGUAAACAAAGAUAAGUAAUCAUAAAGUUAUCAUAACGUGAAGUUUAAGAAUCCAUAUGAUUUCAAAACUAACUCGAAUUGACAAAAUCGUCUUAGCUCUGCAGAUGCUAAAAUUGAAGAUAACAUAAUUAUACAAUGUUCUUUGACUUGAUUAUCUGAAAUCUGUGUUUUAAACUUUACACAAAUGGACCAACCAUAUAAAUUCACACAGACAUCUGUUAAAUCUGAAUAUUUCAAUGCAGUGGUAUUUCAAUUUAAAUGUUAAGUAUUCUAUAGUGGUUACAGUUCACAAUUUUGGUAAUCAUUUGUCAAGACAAUGUUUAUGGCUGCUCUUGCUUCCAUACACAACAACCUGCAUUAUUUUCAUAGAAUCAACAGUGUCUGUUGGUUUAUAUAACGACUGGAGUGGUAAAUUAUACAAAGGGAGAUUUUCAGUCUGGCUCCAGUCACACUAAAAGCCUUAUACAACUGGAGAGUGAUGUUACACUGCACAAACUUUAUUGUGUUGAGUUUAAAAAAAAAAGAAGCUUCCUUCCUUAUAUCAAAUUGAUAUUUUUGGAUGUGUGCAGCUUUAUUUAAUUUGAUAACAAUAUAAAAACAGGAAGAACAGGUGCAAACCUUUUUUUAACAAACAUUCUGGGAGAUUUUAAGUGAGUUGUAAAGUGAAGUAAAAAUCCCCUUCAAAUCUUCUGUGUAGCUGGUGUCAGAGCCAACAUCAUCUCACAGAGCACAGAACACAAUCUGCCCUUCUCCACAGACAACAUGCGCGUCACCAAUACAUCUGCAGUGGUGGAAGAGACUCAGAUCAAUUACUCAAGUAAAAAUACCAAUACAACAGAAGUCGUGUAUUCAAAAUCCUACUUAAGUAUUAAUUCAGUAUCGUCAGCAUCAUGUAAAGUAUUACCGUAUCAGUAAAUUGUCUGAUGUGACAUAAUCAGAUAAUUAAUCCAAUCAUUGCAACUUUAGCAGCAUUUUAAUGUGACUUUCAUUACUUUGAAUACAGUUUAAUGCAGUUGUUCCCAACACAGGGCUUGGGCCCCUCCAAAUGAUCAGCAGAUCAAUUGGAGGGGCCAUGAGAAGAUUCAUGGGAGGGCAGCUUUGAACCGUCUGAUCUGUGACAACUUCAGUGGCUCAUGGUCACAAGUAAUCAAUACAAUGGUACUUCUUACUUCUGGUUGUGCUCCACCCCCUGUUAAUGACACAUCCUCGAUUCUAAUGGUUCUAUUCAAAAUUGGUGGAAAAGCAGGCUGGUUCAUUAGAUAGCAGCAGAUUCCAACAACUGGUAGAACAAGGGUACUGGUUCCAAUUAGCCAGUGUGUUUCUCUCUAAGAGAUCAAAAAGCUAAAUGAUCAUUGGUUUACUCCUGUGAAAUACAUUACAGACGGUUUUUAAGUGUAAAAUCUUAUCAGAGAAAAAGUAAAGUACGCAAACUCAGUGUAACUACAGGACUUGAGUAAACAGUUCUUCCCACCACUGCAUGUUGUUGAAAGGUAUUGUGGACAUAUAUCGAUAAUUUGUGCCUUGUACCUCAACAUGGUCUGACACCAGUCACAGUAGGAUGAACACAGUAGUUAAGGCUCUGAUAUCCACAUUGUUGUACUUUUAAAGGGACAGAAGUGGCUAAGGGUUGUUCACAUAUGAAUAUUUUGGUUUAAGCAGCUGUAUAUUUGGAGCACGAACCCUCAGCCACAGGUCUGCACUCCACGUGCCCCGUUAACUGUAAAUCCAGUGACUAAAUUCACUCAUUCAAAUCCCUGUAGCUGUUCUAGUUUGACAGCUGCUGCUGUUGAGUUACAAACUAUUUCAUGAUGCUGUUUAAAAAAAAAAACAAUGAAAAAAACAAGGGCAGAGCCCAGAUGUAUUUUCUCCUGCACUCCUUUUCUUCUAUGAUGACUGGAGUCUCCGAGUUGGUCGGCUUCCGGCUCACUGCAACACACCUGACUCAGCGUAACAAAGCUCCCUGAGGGACAGGGCCAGGAGCUCGUCCUCAGGCUUCAGGUUGAGUCGAUGGGUGGGGGUGCACGCAGAACGGUGGAGUGUAAACUAACCAAAGUGUGAAAUACCCUGUAUAUUUGUGUUUUUGGUUUGAUUUCUUUAAUCCGUAACUGCCUGGACUUUGUCAAAUCCGUGCUUAAAAAGCCCUGAUGAAAUGAUUUCAAGUUAUUUUGGGUGAUGUCCCUGAAUGUCCUCUGUACUGUAAAUGUACACCCUGGGCUGCAUUUCCCCUCUUUAAACACAUGAGUGCUUGAGUAACAAGUAAAAUACUCUAAGAGAUUGUUAGCGGCAUAAGCUGGCCUUUGUCGCCACUUGGAGACAAUGAUUCUCAGAAGAGAAAUACAGUGCACCUCUGUCGUCGCAGAUCAUGUACAGCGGUUCCCUCACUCAGAAAAGUGAACGUAUUUGUAUUUUGCAGGAAAAAGAAAACUUUAAAUAUACAGGCUCUGUUA